AUUCUGCUGAUAAACAAUCGGGGAACGAUUUGAGGAGGCUGCAGCAGCAGCAGCAGGAGGGACAAGAAUCUGUUCAUAACGAGAACGAUUCCAAGCUUCGCAGCGAAUUGAAGAAUAUAAAGUGGAGACCUCCACAUAUAGGGAUAAAGCAGGAUUGGCAAGAUAAAAUUAACAACCUUCGAAAGGCGAGGAAAGAAGUCGAAGAUACAGACAAAGUAGGAGAUACAAACAUGGCUUGUGUUCCAUUUUAUGAUGAAAAUCUGUACAUCCUAAAUAUGAAACAAUAUCAGGAAGCCAAGGCUUCUGAAGCAAUUCCAACAGUUGAAGGCUUAACUGUUACAGCAAAGGAACCCAUUCCUCCAUCAUCUGUCCUGAAGCAAUUGGCUAUAGCAGUUGAGGCCGGAAGGAAAACGAACUCAAUGAAAGAUUUUCUAGCUUCAUCAACAAGUUCUUCACCUGGCAGAGAGAAGGCAGGCUUAAGUUUCUCUGCUGUUAAGGCUUUAGUGAUGCGUGAAAAGGAAGACAAACUUACCUCUGAGUUUAGCAGCGAUGAGAAAGUUGUGCAUUUGAUUAAGUCUCUGUUUGAUCCAGAGGGAGGGCUCCUUAGCAGGAAAAUCAACAUGAAUCCCGAGGAAACUGCUAUAACAUCUUUACUAAGAGAUAUUCAUGGUGCUCCUCCUGAAAGCCUAGUUGUUAAGUUGGCAGAAGUUAUUGGAAACUUUAAGACCCUCCGAAAAAUGGCUCUUUUUUGGUGCAGAGUUGUUGCUGAACUGAAGAAACAUUGGUCUGAAGAAAAAUAUUUACCCGGAGUUCCUCUAGAUGACAUUCCAGAUUUAAACUCAUGUCUUCUAUAUCAGCAAUUUCAAGUAAUCAAUUGUUGCAUCUCUCGGAAAAUGCGCCAUAUUAUUGCCACCGAAUCCCUGGAGUCUAUGAUGAAAGAGGCCAAUUCAAAUAUUGGAAGAUCUGACAAAUAUACCGACAGAGCUCCCACAAAGCCUUUAUUAUAUGCUAAAUUAAGUACUGGGGAGCUUGUUCUUCGACUUGGUGCUCAUUGCCCAUCUGGAGAUCUGACAAUGCUAGAAACUGGCGAGCCUGUGUACUCUCCUAUCACCCAGGAAGGACCCUUGCUUACAGAAGAUCUGAUCAAAGAAACUGAGGAGUUUGUGCUGCGGACAGGGAGUGUUGGUGCUGGUUGCUCUCAACUUCUCUCUGAUAUGCAAGCUUUCAAGGCUGCAAAUCCUGGUUGUAUUCUGGAAGAUUUUGUAAGAUGGCACUCUCCACCUGAUUGGACAGAAAGUGAGGCAAGUGUCGAGGAUAGUGAUUUUUUUGAGGGCUGCGAGUCGUUGUCUUCUAGAGGACAGCUAAGUCGGCGAAUGCAGAAAGAAGGAAAUUUGUGGCGUGAAUUGUGGGAAACAUCUAAGCCAGUACCAGCCAUUAAACAGGCACCUCUCUUUGAUGAGGAUUUGGCAGUGGAGGGCAUACUCGAUAUAUAUGAGGACAUGCCGCCUUUUGAGCUUUUUGGACAACUGUUUGUUUCAUUAUUUGGUUUAGGGCUUGCAAUAGCAGAAACUAUGCUGACUGAUAACAGUGACUUUUCAAAGAUGUUCAAUGACUGCAAGGAUUAUGUGGUUAGCACUUGUCAAAGCAACAGAUGGAGUGAGAAACUUGAUGAACUUGUUCAGGUCUAUGAAACAGUGGAGAUGAUGUUAGUGAAUCCAGAGGAAGCACUAAAGAUGACAAAACAGACAGAUGAUUCAGUUCUGAGCACUGGUGAACUUAAGAGCCGGUUUAAGAAGCUUAGCCAUAUCUUUGGUGGGAAAGAUAAACCAAAAGAUCAGGUAAACACUGAUGAAAAGCCGAUUCGACAAGCUUUUUCGAAUUUCUUCGACAGCAAGUCAUCUUUAUUUUCAAAGAAGCCCCCAAAACCAGCAAGCCUAUCACCUUCCCAGAAAUCUUCCUCUCUGGAAAGUGAUUGGACAUUGGUUUAGUCAAAGUUCAGUUCACCAGGUUUAGGAUCAGCAAAUCACUUCCUUUUAGUUUUUUCUUCCCCUCCCUCCUAGUCAGUUAACUGUAAAUUCUUCUUUGUUCUCUUGCAUAUAUUUAGUGAAUAGAAAAUUUUAAGGUAUGUUUGGUUUGCAUUUUUUUUUUUUUUAGUAUUUUUUGUUUUCUGAAUUUUGUGAAAGGAAAAUAAAAAAUAGUGAAAAAAUAGAACUCUAUUUUCUGUUUUUUUUUAUAUAUUUUCUUUACAAUUUCUGAAAACAGAAAAUACUAAAAAUAAAAUUAGAAAAUAAAAAUGCAAACCUAUGUACCUUUAAUGUCUUCUGGCAUACCCAAAUUGGGUUUGUUUAUAUUUGUGCGGUGGUAAUGGGUUGUAUAAGGAUAUGAUUGGUCCAAAAAGGAAAAAGAAAGAGAUUAGUGUACAUGGUUCUUCUUUCUCCCAUAA